AUUUCGUCCCUCGGCCGUCUAGUUGUUAACAUUGCUGUUCUCUGUUGGCUUGGUGAGAGUGAUGGCCACAGUUUCGCUGGUACACAAGUUCGAGCAUAAAAAUGCUUACUAUUUAUAGGCUAUCGACCAAGCUGAAGAAACAAUCGUUCGAUCUGUGCACGAGAUUGUCCAAGUUAGUAGCGUCGCGGGAAACCCACGUGAGCGGUGGAAUGAUGCAUCGGGUCACCGUAAAUGGCCAUUCUGCUGGCAGCGAAGAAGGUGGCCAACGAAACAAAUACUCUGACUAUGUCAAAUUCUUAGAGCUGGUUGGUAAUUUGAAGCAUAUGAAGCGAACCGGAUGGGUGCUGCGUAAUGUCAAAGACUGCGAGACUAUUUCGGGGCAUAUGUACCGAAUGGGGAUGAUGUCGUUCUUACUAGAUGGCCAGCAAGGCUUGGACAGAAUUCACGUCAUGGAAUUAGCUUUGGUACAUGACCUUGCUGAAAGCAUUGUUGGCGACAUCACGCCGUACUGUGGAAUCUCCAGGGAGGAGAAAUUGUUGAAAGAGUUUUCAGCAAUAUCAGAAAUUGCUGAACUUCUUGGCCCAAACAAGGAAAAGCUGCUUGAGCUGUUCAAUGAAUACGAAGAGGGAAAAACGUCAGAGGCUAAGUUCGUGAAGGAUCUGGAUCGUCUCGAUAUGGUAAUGCAGGCGUUCGAGUACGAGAAACGGGACAAUUGCCCGAUGAAGCAUCAGGAAUUUUUCGAUUCCACCAAGGGAAAGUUUUCCCACCCACUUGUGAUCAACAUUGUGAAUGAAAUCAACGCUCAAAGGGAGAAAUUUGCCGAGGCCAGUGCAGAUGGGGCUACGGAUAAUUCAUCGCCAUCGCGUGAAGCCGCCACUAGUGGAGGCUCCAGAUGAUUCUGGAGGUGGAGAUUUAUUCGGGUCAAAAGUUGAAAUGCUUGGGUGUUUCUUGUGUUACGAUAAAAUACGAGUUUUAUUAGAUGUGAUCUCAUCAUUGCUUAUUCAGGUGCGGAGUUUCCAAGAGUGUGAGGAUAAUAGCUAAUUGAUUCAAGCUAGUCAAAUUGGGAAGCGCGUUAACUAACAAAAUAUGGUUUAUUUAUUACGACGAUCUUUAGACUAUUUUUAGCCGAUUUAAUGAUCCUUCACUGAAAUGUUUUCGAAAGAAAUGGUAGAGGUACACAUUUCAGGGACUUAAACAUUGAUCUACUGGUAGUAUUUGCAUACAAUGCGCAAUACAUUUCAAAUUAGUUAGAUCCUAUGCAGAAACUCA